AUGUCGUCUAGAGACACCAAAGCAGGUAGUGCGCUGAGCAAUGGUGGCUCAAUCAACGGUCAGUCGCAACGCCUUGCGCCUAUAGAUACUUCUACGCUAGCGAAAGCCGAUACUCAAUCCCCUGCGACGCUUGACACAAAUGAAGAGUUACACCAGUGGAUUCGUAAAAUGUACUUUGAAAUCGGGUUUCAUGAAGCCACGAGCAGUUUCAUCGGCUGGCCGAAAUUCGUCGACAAGGUCGUAGCGCAAGAGCCGGAUCAAACGAAGCAUACGCAACUCAGGCGAGCAUUGAAAUUGCUUUGUCCAGGAUCAAACCACAAGAACAGUCUCCCUCAGGUGACAGACGUCCAAAAGUUGAAGGCCAGGGCUCGUCGUGAGCGGUUACAGAACACUAAAAACCCAAACUCACGACCCACUGCGACAGACUUUCCGACACCGCAACUCACGACUUCAGCGCCUGGAACAAUAUCAGUGUCACGCACAGGAUCGAAAGAUCUUGUGCCGCAAGUGUUGACAUCGCAGGCGUCUUCUGCAACACAAGCGUUGGGAUCGCAUCUCUCGGCAACAAGAUCAGUACCACCGCAACCUACAGUUCCUUCACCCAUCCAGACUUCUCCUAAGACAGUACCUGUAGCCAAGAAUCAGUCCCCGGCGCCUUCGUCUGUUGCGUCGCUAACGGCCGUAAAACGCGAUCGGCCAGAUCUAGAUUUGAGUGACAUGGAUGAUCUCGUUCCAAACACAUAUCAAACCAAUAAUCCCAAGGCGACUGUCAACGGAGUUGAGAACGCGCCGUUGUUAUCGGGCCCUGUGGUCGUUCAACACGCGAAUGAUCGAGUUCCUCAAUUCGGUUACAUCGGCAAUUACCCAGAUGAAGCCGGACGAGGGGUCAAAGUUUUCCACAAUACUAAUGUUCCAUUUUCCACGUUCAUCUGCGGUGUUCAAGGAAGUGGCAAAAGCCAUACUACAGCUUGCAUGCUCGAAAAUGCAUUGAUCCCGUCCAAACAGCUUGGUCGCUUGGAAGCACCUGCUUGUGCAAUGGUCUUUAGCUACGGAAGUUGGAGCACCGGUGGAUCAGGAUUCAGUGUCAGCGAAGCUGUGCAUUUGGCUCAUGCGAAACAUGAGUUUCCCGGGCAGAGAGUACGAAGAAUCACCGUUUUGGUCUCCGCUGACAAUGGAGCAAUCAGACGCUGCUAUGAAGAUCCAAUUUGCAACGUCCGUGUCGUUCCGUUCAAACUCAACGCAAGAGCUCUCGACAUCACUGCCAUGCGCGCAUUGAUGGGGGUCGGUGAUAAGAGCCCUACACUCUACAUGGGCCAGGUUGAGAUGGUGCUUAGAAGGAUAUCGUCCACAAGCAAGGAUGGAUUACUCGACUACAACUUAUUCAUUAGGGAAGUGAAGAAGCUGGACCUGAGUAGGGAACAGGCGCAAGCCCUUGACCAACGUUUGGCGAUGCUUGAGUCAUUCCUCGAUCGGGACGGGAAAGCGGCAGAACCGGAGUUUCUUCCAGGCGAGAUGGUCAUCAUGGAUCUGUCUGAUGCCUUCAUGACAUCUAGUACAGCCUGUGUUCUUUUCAAGCUAGGGUUGGACCGCUUUCUACAGUCACCCACCAAGAACAAGAUGGUCGUGCUAGACGAGGCGCACAAGUACAUGCUUGAUAGUCCUGGGUCAAAGUUUCUUACGGACAGUCUCGACAACAUCAUUCGUCUCCAACGGCACUGGGGUACCCGCGUCAUCAUCUCCACGCAGGAACCAACCGUCUCUACGGCACUCAUUGCACUCUGCUCUGUCACCGUCAUCCACCGCUUUACAAGUCCUACAUGGUAUGUCGCACUUAAAAAACACAUCAGCCCCAUGGAAAACGACAAUACUCUCAUGCAACAGAUCGAAGGAUUAAACACUGGAGAAGCGUUAGUAUAUGCUCCCAGCGCAGUGCUUGAGAGAAAUGAUGACGCCAGCUUAGUAAAAGCUACGGGUCAGCUGCUCAAGAUUACUAUCCGGAAAAGGAUAACACAUGAUGGUGGGGAAUCGAUUAUGGCCAUGUAA